AUGGAGAACUUCUCUCUCCUUAGCAUUUCAGGACCACGGAUCUCUUCCUCUGCCAUGAAUACUUUUCCUGAUAUUACAUCCUCUCGAGCUACCAGCUUACCAGACUGUGCCUUGGGGGACACGCCAAGCACUGAACAACUGAGGCGGAAUUGUACCAUCUACCGGCCCUGGUUCUCCCCUUAUAGCUACUUUGUGUGCACAGACAAAGAAAGUCACUUGGAGACCUACAGCUUCCCAGAGGUACAACGGGAUGAGGGAAGGGAGGGCAGGGGGGACAUUGGCCAGCCUGAGGAGAUGGCUGAGAGCAUCUGCUCUUCCUCCUCCUCCCUGGAAAAUGCCUGUCCCCGGGAAAUCACUAAGAAACCCAGACCAGGCCUGGACUCCAAGGACUACAUCACAUCCCAAGACAUCCUGACUGCUUCCAAGUGGCACCCAGCCCAGCAGAAUGGCUACAAAUGUGUGGCCUGCUGCCGCAUGUACCCUACACUGCACUCCUUAAAAAGUCACAUCAAAGGAGGGUUCAAGGAAGGCUUCAGUUGCAAGGUAUACUACCGAAAACUGAAAACUCUCUGGGGAAAGGAGCAGAAGGCACGGCCGGGAGACAGAGUCUCCAACAGCAAUUGCCAGACUUUCAAGUAG